AUGACAGACAUUCAUGAUGGCACACUAUGGCACGAACUCGAGACGAACACUGUCCGUGAGAUUGGUGAAUUAGGUACCGUCCAUGACUGCCCUCAGGACCUGGAUAAUGGACCGACAGCGACAAAGCUUACCGAACAUCGAUAUGGCCUGCAUUUGACCUUGAAUAUUGACUGGAUGGGAAUACUUGAAAAUCGGCUGCAUUCUAGUGGUCCCAUCUACUAUGCUAUAAACGACCUUCCACGAGAUCAGCGAUUCUUGCAGGUCAAUGUCAUAUGCGCUGCGAUUAUGCCGGGUCCAAAGGAGCCAAACAUCCAGAAAAUCAAUCAUUGCUUGGAGCCCUCGACUCGUGAGCUGAUGGACCUCAAGAACGGCGUGAAAAUGGAUGUUUAUGGAGAAGAAGAAGUUGCAGACGUGUUUGCAGAUAACGAGGUCCUUGCGUGUGAUAUGCUGGCUUCACAUAAGUGCAACAGAACGACUGGCCACAGUCAUGACUUCCAUCCGUGUGCAUUUUGUGACACUGAUGUUGUCAAGAUCAACACACCAGACAGUUACAACAACACAUGGUCUGCGAAGGACGAUUUUCACAUGCUCCAUCAGAGUUUCUACUCCAGGGAUGCCGGUCCUGCUCGUCAAGAAGCAAUCUUAAGGGAUCAUGGUGUCAGAUGGUCUAUUCUCAAUCUACUCUCUGGCUGGUUACCAUCGAAGAAGUCAGUGCUCGACUUCAUGCAUUGUAUCUUCCUUGGCAUCAUAUCACAUCUAUUUAUGCGCAUACUAUUUGGUGGACAUAUGCUAUCAGGAAUGGGUGGUAACGAGUCACCAAAACAUUGCUUCAAAGAUAUCGUGAAUGCUGUUAAAUGGCCCAGCCAUGUCACUCGAUUGCCAAAAAAUCUAGGUGAAAAUCAAUCACUCAAGAAGGCAGACGAGUGGCGUCGUAUUCUAAAAAUCACCCCCGUCAUUCUCUGGUGGUCUUGGAGGGAUGCUAACGACGAAUUACCAGACUCAGAGCCUCCUCUUCCACCCAACACCGUUGCCCCAGAUUUCUUGCGUAACUGUCGCUUGUUGCAUCAAGCCAUACUUCAUCUUUGCAUGGGAGUCCGCAUUCUGGCAUCCCACUCAAUCUCAAUGGCUCAGGCUCACACUGGUCAGAGCUUCUUAGCCCACUACUGCCUAGAAUGUCUGCAGCUUCGCAUCCCACUCACCAUCAAUCAUCAAGCUUCCAUGCACACAGCCGCAAUGAUCAAGAAAUGUGGUCCGGUAUAUGGCUGGUGGCUCUUUGCAUUUGAGCGGUUCAAUGGCAUGCUGGAACGUGUUCAGCAUAACGGUCAUGACGGAGGAUGGAUCGAGUUAACUCUCUUACGGAACUGGGUCCAAACUCAUCUCAUUUAUGAGUAUCUUCUUGCUCUUCCCGCUGACACUCAUUCUUUCAAAUGA